CAGUCGGUGCUAAGCUUAGACCAAACCAACCACAAAAAGACAGCAGCAGAGGAUCAGAGAAUAAAGGUAAAAUGGAGGAUGCAGACUUUUUUGACGACUAUGAUUAUGGAGAUUACUCAAACAACUACACUGAGGACAAUAACACCAUACGUGUGGAAAACUCAUUCCAACACAAACCACUUUGCAGCGAAGAAGGCAUGUGUGUGUCUCUGGCUGUAAUCUAUAUGGUCAUUUUCCUGCUGGGCUUUUUUGGGAACAUGCUGGUCAUUUGGAUCUCUGGCUUUAAGAUGAGGAAGACAGUUAACACCACUUGGUACCUGAGCCUUGCAAUCUCUGACUUCCUCUUCUGUGUCUUCCUGCCAUUUAACAUUGCCAACUUAGUGAUGAAAGAGUGGGUCUUCGGUCUCUUCAUGUGCAAGUUUACAUCUUCUGCAUUAUUCAUUAACAUGUUCAGCAGCAUCUUCCUCCUCGUCGUCAUAAGCGUGGACCGCUGUGUGUCUGUAAUGUUUCCAGUUUGGGCCCAAAACCACAGAUCUGUUCAAAAGGCAUCAGCUGUGGUUGUGUUUUCUUGGCUUCUUGCCAUCGGAUUUAGCGUCCCCUCCAUGAUUUUUCGGGAUGUACAUGUUGGGAGUGAUGGCAGGCACACUUGCCGCAACAAUUACACCUCAAAACAAAAUCACCAGGCUGUUGCCUUUACCCGUCUCAUUGCAGGUUUUGUGGUUCCUUUUAUCAUAAUUAUCAUCUGUUAUUCCAUCAUUAUCCUCAAACUCAAAAACAACAGGAUGACAAAAUCCUCCAAACCUUUCAAAGUAAUGACCAUGCUCAUUGCUGCAUUUUUCGUCUGCUGGCUGCCGUAUCACAUUUUUGUCUUACUUGAGCUGAACCCUCAUAAGCAUGACUUCUAUAUUUUAACCUCUGGACUCCAAAUGGGCUCAAUUUUAGCAUCAGCUAACAGCUUCCUUAACCCAUUGCUCUACGUCUUCAUGGGAAACGACUUCAAGCAGAAGUUCAAGAGCUCUGUACUGUCCAAGAUGGAGAAUGCAAUGGUCGAUGAAGGCCGCACCACCAGCCGGUACCUGUCCAGGUCCAGCUCCAUGGACGGCAGAGCUUCUACACACAUUUAGAGGCAUUAGCUUACUGUUGAAGUGAUCAUUUAGUGGGUUUAAAUGAAAAAAAAUGCUCUUCAAAAAUGUGAUUUUACAAUGUGAUUUUUUUUUCCUGAAUCACAUCUUUAAACAUCUGUUUAUAGUCACAGCAAAAAUAAUUAUGUAAAAGUAAUUGUUUUAGUUGUUAAAUACAGCCAAGGUUUGCUGUAUAAGACAUGUACAAAUCUAUGAUAUUUUUACAUAGAAAUACAAAUAAUGCACUUUAACCAUAGAUAGAUAGAUAGAUAGAUAGAUAGAUAGAUAGAUAGAUAGAUAGAUAGAUAGAUAGAUAGAUAGAUAGAUAGAUAGAUAGAUUCAGAUAUAUAUAUAGAUAUAGAUGUAUAUACAUAUAUAUAAGAAAUGGGUCAUGCUACAACACCCCACCAUCAAAACCAGAAAUAUCUAGGUUAAUUUACUGACUCACAAAAACCAAACCUCAGAUAUGCAAAUAUAUUGUUGUCUCUUAGAUACUCUGAACCACAUUUAAGAAGUUAAAUGGUGUUAGUUGAGUUUGUCACUCUUUGCAAUUUUUUCUAAACAGCUGUUAAUAGUGCUAACAAGUUAUAUAAGCAAUGUUUAUAUGGGCUUUAAAUUUCAUUAGUUUGAUUAAGGUUUCCCUUUUUUCUUCUCUAAAAUCUGUUGUAUUCCUUAAUUUAUCUGUGUUUCAGAUUUGAAA